AAUGUAACGAGCGACAGGAGUCCCGAGGACGCGACUGAGGGCAGAAUGCCGUGGGUUGGAAGAGGGAGGGAUGGGCGGCCGGCGGGAGGAUAAGGGUUGGGCCCAGGAGGGACUAGCGGCGCGCUCGUUGCUGCCGAGUGCGCUAACGUUGUAAUAUAAACGAAUUUUUUGCAGCGCGACGGGCGCCGUCAAUCGGCUCAGGCGAACGACGUACGGAUGCGAGCAGCUAGGGGCGCCGUGUCGCUCCAGUGCAGCGGCGAGAUUCUGGCAGGCGGGCGUCGCAAUGGGUGCGCAGGCGUCUGGCAGCGUUAUCGCGCCGAGUUUUGCGCUGUCUUGGGGAGAGCGCGCCCAGCCAUCACAGCUCACUCUGGCCUAGCCCUCCCCCCGCUGCAGCAUCAGCACCACCCGGGCAACCCUCCGCCGCCGCACACACGCUCUGUCGCAACACUUUUGAGCAGCCGUUGCAAAGGCGGCAUCGUCCCAUCACUCUCGCGCCGACAAUGCACACUCUUGACGUCGAUGAGCCCGCCGGCUGUCCGUUUCCAGAAGGUGACGAGGCUCCGCGACCCCUGACCGUUUCUCCCAUCCUGCCACCCACCGGACCCCCUGCUGGUUCGCAUCAAUUUUACCGUACCACCAUCCGCCUCCGCGCCUCUAGUGGUGCCUCGCCUGCUCAGUCAGCGUAACGAAGUGGCAAGCUCGGUGCGCGA